UGGGCUAGCCCAGAGGAUAUAAGGUGUUUUUUUUUUUUUUUUAUUAUUUAAUCCAAUAUCUACCUGUUCCACACUCCAGCCCAGUUGGUGGCGGUAAUGCUCCUUUAAGUUGGUUGCCAACCGCCAUAAAACCCUAAAGAAGAAGAAGAGGAUCAGGAGGCCCUGGGUCUCCAUAGUGUGUGUCCCCCCAGAGCAGGAAGUGAAAGUGAAACUCAGCAGCUUCAUUUAGUGUCGAGGAGAAAAUGAACCUUUUCAGGACUAUAACACGAAUGAUGGAGGGAAAGAGAUCAGACUCACCAGAACCCAGCUGUGUGUCCAUGAAGAGUGGCUGGUCAAUGGAACGCCCAUAUAACUUCAGAGACAGUCCUGCUGAUCUGAGAAUGAUGAAGAGAAAGAGAUCAGACUCACCAGAACCCAGCUGUGUGUCCAUGAAGAGUGACUGGUCAAUGGAACACCCAAUUCGCUUCAGAGACAGUCCUGCUGAUCUGAGACCACAAAAGAAGAAAUCAUACAUCAGCAGAAAGCAGCUGGAGUCCAUAUUCAAGGAGCUGGAACACAAAGUCAUCAGUGUGAUCCAGAAGGAGCUGAAGAGGUUUAAGAAGCUCCUGAGUCCAGAUUCCCCAGCAUGCUCUGAGAGGGAGGUGGAGGAUGAGGAGGAUCAGAGCAGUGUCAGAGAGGGAGUGCUGAAGAUCACACUGCACUUCCUGAAGAACAUGAACCACACAGAUCUCGCUCACACACUGCACAACAAACACGUCUCUGUGUAUCAGCAAAAGCUGAAAUCCAACCUGAGAGAGAAGUUUAAAAGAGUUAAGGAAGGAAUCUCACAGCAUGGAAGCUCAGCUCUUCUGAAUGAGAUCUACACAGAGCUGUACAUCACAGAGGGGUGGAGUGGAGACGUCAAUAAAGAACAUGAGGUGAGACAGAUUGAGACGGCGUCCAGGAGACCAGCAACACAGGAGACACCCAUCAAAUGUAAUGAUCUCUUUAAAAACACGUCCAUCAGAAGCGUGCUGACUAAAGGAGUUGCUGGAAUUGGAAAAACAGUCUCUGUGCAGAAGUUCAUUCUGGACUGGACUGAAGGAGAAGCGAAUCAGGACGUCACCUUCAUGUUCCCACUUCCCUUUAGAGAGCUGAAUCUGAUGAAGGAGAGAAAUCUCAGUCUGAUGAAUCUUCUUCAUCACUUUUUCCCAGAAAUGAAAAAAUUACGCUUGAGAGACUGUGAUAUGAACAAAGUCCUGUUGAUCUUUGAUGGUCUGGAUGAGUGUCGACUUCCUCUAAAUUUCCAGAACAAUGAGAGAUUGUGUGAUGUGACGCAGUCCGCCUCAGUGGAUGUGCUGCUGACAAACCUCAUCAAGGGGAAUCUGCUUCCCUCUACUCUCCUCUGGAUAACCUCUCGACCAGGAGCAGCCAAUCAGAUCCCUCCUGAGUGUGUACACCAGGUAACAGAGGUACGAGGGUUCAGUGAUCCUCAGAAAGAGGAGUACUUCAGGAAGAGGAUCAGUGAUCAGAGCCUGGCCAAUAAAAUCAUCACACACUUGAAGUCUUCAAGAAGCCUCUACAUCAUGUGCCACAUCCCAGUCUUCUGCUGGAUCUCAGCCACUGUUCUCGAGAGAAUGUUGGGUGAAGCAGAGAGUGAAGUGAUCCCCAAGACUCUGACUCAAAUGUUCACACGCUUCCUGAUCUUUCAGAUCAAACACAAGGACCAAAAGUACCAUCAGAAAUGUGAGCCUGAUCCUCAGCAGACCAAAGCGAGUAUCCUGGCACUGGGAAAACUGGCUUUCCAACAGCUGGAGAAAGGAAACCUGAUUUUCUAUGAGGAAGACCUGAGAGAGUGUGGCAUUGAUGUGAGAGAAGUGUCAGUGUACUCAGGAGUGUGUACCCAAAUCUUCAGAGAGGAGUUUGGGCUUCACCUGGGGAAGGUGUUCAGCUUCGUACAUCUGAGUGUUCAGGAGUUUCUGGCUGCUUUAUACACGUUUAUCUCCUUCAUCAGCAGAAAAUUAACAGAACAACAAACCACUGAUCUGUCUGAUCUUUUCACCAAAUCAAACCUGUCUGGUUUCCUCAGGAGUGCAGUGGACAAGGCCUUACAGAGUGAGAAUGGACACCUGGACCUGUUCCUCCGCUUCCUUCUGGGUCUCUCACUGGAGUCCAAUCAGACUCUCUUACGAGGCCUUCUGCCCCAGACAGGAAGUAGAUCUUGCAGCAAACAGGAAACAGUCGAGUACAUCAAGGAGAAGAUCAGGGAGAAUCCAUCUCCAGAGAAAUCCAUCAAUCUGUUCCACUGUCUGAAUGAACUGAAUGAUCAUUCUCUUGUGCAGGAAGUACAACGUUACCUGAACAGAGAUGAUUUCAGUCGUCUCAGUGGAGUCAGACUCUCUCCUGCUCAGUGGUCAGCUCUGGUGUUUGUGUUACUGAACUCAGAACAGGAGCUGGAUGAGUUUAAUUUGAGGAAAUAUUACCCAUCAGAGGAAUGUCUUCUGAAGCUGCUGCCAGUGGUCAAAGUCUCCAGAAAAGCUGAUCUGUGUCGGUGUAAUCUGACAGAGGAAAUCUGUAGAGUUCUGUCCUCAGUUCUCAGCUCAAACUCCUCCAGACUGAGAGAACUGAACACGAGUGACAAUAACCUGCAGGAUUCAGGAGUGAAGCUGCUCUCUGCUGGACUGGAGAAUCCACACUGUACACUGGAGAAACUGAGGUUGUCUGGCUGCAGGAUGAGAGGUGAAGGUUGUGCUGCUCUGGUUUCAGCUCUGAGGUCAAAUCCCUCAUCACACCUGAGAGAACUGGAUCUGAACUGCAAUAAUCCAGGAGAAUCAGGAGUGAAGCUGCUCUCUGAUCUACUGAAGGAUCCACACUGUACACUGGAGAAACUACAUCUGUGUGAGUGUAAUCUGACAGAGGAAAGCUGUAGAGUUCUGUCCUCAGUUCUCAGCUCAAACUCCUCCAGACUGAGAGAACUGAACCUGAGACACAAUAACCUGCAGGAUUCAGGAGUGAAGCUGCUCUCUGCUGGACUGGAGAAUCCACACUGUACACUGGAGAUUCUGAGUCUGUGUCGGUGUAAUCUGAGAGAGGAAAGCUGUAGAGUUCUGUCCUCAGUUCUCAGCUCAAACUCCUCCAGACUGAGAGAACUGGACCUGAGUAACAAUAACCUGCAGGAUUCAGGAGUGAAGCUGCUCUCUGCUGGACUGGAGAAUCCACACUGUACACUGGAGACACUGAGGUUGUCUUCCUGCAGGAUUACAGGUGAAGGUUGUGCUGCUCUGGUUUCUGCUCUGAGGUCAAAUCCCUCAUCACACCUGAGAGAACUGGAUCUGAACUGGAAUAAACCAGGAGAAUCAGGAGAGAAGCUGCUCUCUGAUCUACUGAAGGAUCCACACUGUACACUGGAGAAACUACAAUUUAGAUUUUCAUCCUGAUCUGAGUCUCACACAGAGGAUGAUAAGGAUAAACCCUUACAGUACAAAGUGAUUUGAAAAUCAUCAUCAUUUAGUGAUAAUCAGAUGUGUACAUGUCAGCACUUCCACUUCUCGAGUUGUUUUUGUAAAAAUACACCAGCUGAGAUAAAUAAACUUUAAUGAACUCAACACUCAAUAUUUUCUUAUUAAUAUCUUUUACAGCAAAACAGAAACUGUUAAUGCACAUCGAACAUCAUUUAAUAGUUUUGUAUGUACAGUAUGCUUCUGUUUUUCCAUUUACAAGCAGCAGAAGGUCACAUUUAUGUUUAAAACACAUCAUAAAUAUCUUAUAGUAUCAGUUCACUGCAGUAAUUUGGUCAUUGCACAAAGUUACACACUGUUUAUAACUGCGUAAAGUAAAUUAUUUUCUCCUGAAGUUAUAAAAUUCAGGUGAGAGAGGUUUAAUUUGGUUGACUCUGUACAUAACUGUUUUAAUCGAUUUUUAAAUGCUGUGUUUAUAAAAAUGAAGAUGAUUAUCAAUUCUGUAUUAAAUGUUAGAAAUAUUUGUGUGAAGACACUUCAUUGUGUAUAUGUACUGUGUGUGUGUCAAUACACAUCGAUAUCCUGAUUAUUGAUCAGCAUGUUAUUUUCUCGAAGCAUCUUUGAGACACUGAUGGUUUAAAAUUACAUUGAAAUGAAUAAUUUGCUGUAAAUCGCUGUUUCAUAUUGUAGACUAUUAUACCCCCAUUUAAUAUUGCGUUAUAAGCAUAAUAAUUUUGGGUGACCACAGGAGGGGAACAGAACAGAUCCUGGAGAUGGAACUGAUCCCCUUCAACCCUGUGACACAUAAUACAGCUCCAUCUAGUGGCUCUUCCUGAUAUGACACUGUUUUGUG